CAUAUGUCAUAACGGAAGCGUCAUACUACAACUGUUCAUUGAAGAAUUUUUCUGGAGAUCAUUUUGUUGUCUUUUUUUUUGUUUGUCUUUUAAAGGAAGGUGUGAAGAUAACACGUGCAGUAUCGUUGUGUUUUUAUAUGUGACGCAGUGAGUGUUUUUUCGACAUGAGUUCUCUGUUUUCGUGUGAGGAGCCUGACACAUGGAGAGGUGUGUUUGUGAAGUACUGGGACGUAGUCGAGGCUAAAUCCAAAGGGAAGACACCUGGAAAGCUGCUGAGGCUUGACAAAUGGUACCAAGAGGAGCUGCCUGCAGUCAUUUCAGGUCGAUCUGACAAACACAUCACACAGUCAGAGCUGGUGAAAUUGAUGGAGUGGAAGCUUACUAGAGGGAAGUUCAGGCCAAGGCUGCAGCAGCUGGUGGCUUCCAACAGCGAGGAUACUGUGGAGAAAUGUUCCAGAAAGGCCUUCAGCCUCUUGCCUGAUGUGCAGGCUGCGAUCAUAGAGCUCAGCUCCCUGAAAGGUGUUGGCCCAGCCACUGCCUCAGCUGUGUUGGCAGCAGGAGCUCCGGAGCAGGCUGCAUUCAUGUCUGACGAGGCCAUGGAGAGUGUACCAGGACUGAAGCCCAUCCAGUACACAGCCAAACACUAUGCUCUCUACCUUGGCAAGAUGGUUGAGCGGACAAAAAACCUCAACAAAGUGGAUCCCCGGCAGGACUGGACACCCCACAGAAUGGAGCUGUGUUUGUGGGCGAUGACCAUCGCUUCUCAGCAGCAGCUCCCGUUUCUAAAGGAUAUCAAUGUAAAAGGCAGUGAUGUGGCAGAGAAGUGCUUAGAUGAGACACCAAGAAAGAAGCUGAAAACAUGAUAAAAAACAUUUGUACUGAAUAGGUUUGUUAUUUUUUUUAGGUUGUGUAUGAAAUAAUAAAGUUUUUCUAUGAAACAGAA